GUGCAGAAUCCAUCACUGUGAUUAGUCCAUUGAGAGUCGGCAGUCGGGUCGGCCUGUGCAGUCGGUAGUCUGAUACGGGCUUUAGAUAUAGCUCUAUUUCGACAAUACGACUUACCGGUAAUAUAAAAACCGGAACGUGUUAAUUGUUAAUAAUUGCAGGAAGCACUAUUCUUAGAAUAAACUUUAGAAACUAAAGUUCUACAAAUAUUUUACAAUGGAUGCUGAUCUAUAUGAUGAAUUUGGAAAUUAUAUUGGUCCUGAUUUGGCGUCAGAGAGCGAGGACGAAAAUGAAUACGGCAAUGUUGGCGAUGAUACUGAGGACAGAGAACGGUCAGAUGAAGAUAUGGAAGAAGACAAAGAUGAGUCUCGAGAGAACACAGAACAAGGUUCUUCUAUGGCAGUUGUAUUGCAUGAAGAUAAACGAUAUUAUCCCAGUGCAUUGGAAGUGUAUGGACCUGAGGUAGAGACGCUUGUGCAAGAAGAGGAUGCCCAGCCAUUGGAUAAACCACUGAUAGCCCCUACCAGGAAACCGAAGUUUCAAAUCAAACAACAACAACUCCCAGAAACAACAUAUAGCAUUGAAUUCUUAGCAGAUAUGAUGGAUGCACCGCAUUUAAUUAGAAAUGUAGUGCUAUUGGGACACCUUCAUCAUGGCAAGACCACUUUGGUUGAUUGUUUGGUGCGACAAACACAUCCUUACUUACACAAUGUAACCGAUGAGAAGCCACUAAGGUAUACUGAUACCUUAUUUACGGAGCAACAAAGAGGUGUCUCCACGAAAGCUACUCCCGUCACGCUCUUGCUGCAAGACGUGAAAUCCAAGUCGUAUCUCUUGAACAUAUUCGACACGCCGGGUCAUGUGAAUUUCUCCGACGAGGCGACGGCGGCAAUCCGGUUAUCGGACGGCGCGAUACUGAUCGUCGACGCAGCGGAGGGUGUGAUGCUCAACACCGAACGCCUGCUGAAGCACGCACUUCAAGAGAGACUCGCCCUGACGGUCUGCAUCAACAAAAUAGACCGUCUUGUGCUGGAGCUGAAGCUACCGCCGUUGGACGCCUAUUAUAAACUGCGGCAUAUCAUCGAGGAGAUCAAUGGUUUGAUAGCGUUGUACUCCGACAACGAUAAUCCCACUUUUGUGUCGCCGGCCGUAGGUAACGUGUGCUUUGCUAGCUCGGAGUACAACGUGUGUUUUACCUUGAAAUCGUUUGCCGCCCUCUACGCCAGGAACCAUUUUGGACUCAACGCCAACGAGUUCGCUAAACGACUCUGGGGCGAUAUCUACUUCAAUCCCAAAACGCGCAAGUUCACCAAAAAACCGCCGCAUAACACGGCACAGCGAAGCUUCAUCGAGUUUAUCUUAGAGCCUCUGUACAAGAUAUUCGCGCAAGUCGUCGGCGACGUAGACACGACAUUACCCGAUGUUCUGGACGAGCUGGGCAUACGAUUGACAUCCGAGGAGAUGAAAAUGAACAUACGGCCGCUGCUGAGACUCGUUUGUACGCGAUUCUUGGGAGAUAUGUGCGGACUAGUCGACAUGUGCGUCACUCACGUACCUAGUCCUCAAGCGCACGCACCCACUAAAGUGCAGCACGUCUAUACCGGUUCCAUAGACUCGCCACUCGCGCAGGACAUGGUUAAUUGCGACCCAGAUGGAAGAUUAAUGAUACACAGUACAAAGAUGUACCCUACCGAGGAUUGCACACUAUUCGUUGUGCUCGGCAGAGUGAUGUCUGGCACGCUGGAAGCGGGACAACGAGUCCGUGUGCUGGGAGAAGCGUAUUCGCGCACAGACGAAGAGGACUCGCGGGUCCUCACCGUGGGCAGGUUGUGGAUCAGCGAGGCGCGUUACUCGAUCGAGCUCAGUCGAGUGCCCGCGGGUAAUUGGGUGCUGAUUGAAGGUAUCGACAGACCUAUCGUGAAGACCAGCACCAUCACGGACCUCGACAAUUCUGAGGAUUUGCACAUUUUCCGACCGCUCAAAUUCAACACGCAGAGUGUCAUUAAGAUCGCCGUCGAGCCAGUUAAUCCGUCUGAGUUGCCAAAAAUGUUGGACGGACUGAGGAAAGUAAAUAAGAGCUACCCCCUGUUGGGGACGCGCGUAGAAGAAAGCGGCGAGCACGUUGUGCUGGGAACGGGCGAACUCUAUCUGGAUUGCGCGAUGCACGAUCUCCGUCGCAUGUACUCAGAGAUUGACAUCAAGGUGGCCGACCCGGUGGUCGCGUUCGCGGAGACCGUGGUGGAAACUAGCUCGCUCAAGUGCUUCGCUGAGACGCCGAAUAAACGGAACAAGCUGACGAUGAUAGCGGAGCCUUUGGAGAGAGGACUCGCGGAGGAUAUAGAAGCCGAACACGUCCGUAUCACGUGGAACAAAAAGAGGCUCGGAGAGUUUUUCCAAACGAAAUACGACUGGGAUUUAUUAGCAGCUCGUAGCAUAUGGGCCUUCGGCCCAGAUUCCACAGGACCUAAUAUUUUAGUAGACGACACUCUGCCUUCCGAGGUGGACAAGACAUUGUUGAACAGUGCACGUGACGCUAUCAUCCAAGGUUUCCAGUGGGGAACGCGAGAGGGACCGUUGUGCGAGGAACCCAUCCGGAAUGUGAAAUUCAAAAUCCUUGACGCAGUCAUCGCACAGGAACCGUUACAUCGUGGAGGCGGUCAGAUCAUUCCCACUGCCCGACGGGUAGCUUACUCGGCGUUCCUGAUGGCUACCCCACGUCUAAUGGAGCCCUAUCUAUUCGUUGAGGUGCAAGCGCCAGCAGACUGCGUAUCUGCUGUUUAUACGGUCCUGGCAAAACGUCGUGGUCACGUCACACAAGAUGCACCGGUACCGGGCAGUCCUUUAUACACUAUCAAGGCAUUUAUACCAGCGAUCGAUAGUUUCGGUUUUGAGACGGAUCUACGAACGCAUACUCAGGGACAAGCGUUUUGUCUGUCCGUAUUUCAUCAUUGGCAGAUCGUACCCGGUGAUCCUCUGGACAAGAGCAUCACUAUCAGACCGCUAGAACCUCAGCCAGCUACUCAUCUGGCUAGAGAGUUCAUGUUGAAGACGCGAAGGCGCAAAGGUCUGUCCGAGGACGUCUCCAUCAACAAGUUCUUCGACGAUCCUAUGUUGCUGGAAUUGGCGAGACAGGAUGUGCUAUUGAAUUAUCCUCUCUAAUUUAAAUUAAUCUAGAGUUUGUAUAAAUAAGUUGUAGUAAUUAGUAUUAUCAAUUUUAAGUUAAUAAUUGGUAAAUAAAUUUUACAUAAAAAUA